ACUUUUCCUUUAAAUCAAUUCUUACUGGCGGGAGUUUACUGUCUUUAAGCGUGGAGAUGGUUCGUCAAUCCAGGUCUGAAUGGAAAGCUGGUUACUUUCGAAAGCUUGAGAAACACUUGUCCGAAUUCGACAAAUGCUUCAUUGUUAAUGUAGACAAUGUCCGUUCCAAGCAAAUGCAACAAAUCAGAAUGGCUCUACGUGGGAGCGCAGAGCUGGUACUGGGUAAAAACACACUGAUACGGAAGGUCAUUCAAAAGAGAAUGAGUCAUGAUACCACAUUAGAAAAGCUAUUACCGCAUAUUCGAGACAACGUUGGAUUUGUGUUUACCAAUGGAGACUUGACAGAUAUCCGGGAGAAGAUCGAGAAGAAUCGAGUUGAAGCACCUGCCAAAGCUGGUGCAAUCGCUCCUUGUGAUGUCGUCGUUCCGGCCCAAAACACUGGUCUAGGUCCCGAGAAGACGGCUUUCUUUCAAGCUUUAAGCAUACCGACAAAAAUUGCCAGGGGUGCAAUCGAAAUAAUCAACGAUGUCCACUUGGUACGCAAAGAUGAAAAAGUCGGCAUGAGCGAAGCUACACUACUGGGAAUGUUGAAAAUUCAUCCCUUUACUUACGGUUUAGUUAUUAGACAGGUUUUUGAACAAGGGUGUGUGUAUGAACCCGCAGUCUUGGAUAUAACCCCUGAAAUGAUAACAGAGAAAUUUUUGGCUGGUGUUCGGAACAUUGCCUGCCUUAGUUUGGCAAUGGACUUUGCAACACUUGCUAGCAUCCCACACGUACUUGCAAAUGGUUUCAAGAAUUUACUGGCUAUAGCUGUCAUGUCAGACUACUCGUUUAAGGAAGCCGACCAGGUAAGUCUAGUUUUCUAUAGCCGGCUCGUAUGAUCUCAUGGUUAGAACAGUGUGUUAGUCCGGAUUCCGAACACUAGCAUUUAUGUGUUUGAAGUUAACUGUGAUGUCCCACAAUAGCUGAACGCACUUUGGUUUUCUAGCAAUAGAGAAAAUAUUUGUUUGACGUUCGUGUUAAUUGUUUCCUGGUCAUUCUCCCUGUUUGUCCUUCAUUGGAGGAAAACACUACCUGCCUGAAAUAAUCUUGGAUCUAAAGAAAUCCUUAUAUAUGUUGGUGUUUUUAUUAAAUGUAGAUUUUCUUAAUUAUCAUGUGACUUAAUUUGUGUCACAAAUGAACGAAAUUUUCUGUUCUAUUACAGAUUAAGGAGUUCUUAGCAGAUCCAUCUAAAUUUGCUACAGCAGCACCAGCUACCGUCGCGCCAGGUCCUACUGUCACUGCAAAGGCAGAGGAGAAAGCUGCACCCGCAGAGGUGCCUUCCGAAGAGAGUGAUGACGACAUGGGAUUCGGUUUAUUUGAUUGAACGCUAAAUAAAUAAUUGACUGGUAAUG